GUUUAGUCCCAGAGAUAGAAAAAAGUAGAGGUAGGAGGGCGCGGCGGCUCACGCCUGUAAUCCCAGCACUUUGGGAGGCCGAGGCGGGCAGAUCAUGAGGUCAGGAAAUCGAGACCAUCCUGGCUAACACGGUGAAACCCCAUCUCUACUAAAAAUACAAAAAAUGAGCCGGGCGUGGUGGCGGGCGCCUGUAGUCCCAGCUACUCGGGAGGCAGAGGCAGGAGAAUGGCGUGAACCUGGGAGGCGGAGCUUGCAGUGAGCCGAGAUUGCACCACUGCACUCCAGUCUGGGCGACAGAGCGAGACUCCGUCUCAAAAAAAAAAAAAAAAAGAACACCAGUAAGCCUCUACCGCAGGCCCUUGUACUCACUGGCAUCGCCCUCCCCGGGCCCCUAGGAAUGAGGCGCUGAGAUCCCACCCCAAGCCGCUGGGGGCGCCAUUCUAUUUCGCUCCUACGGAAAUGGGGCUUCGAUGUCUUUCUGCGCUUGCGCGGCACGGAAACUCACUUCCGGCCCUGCGCACUCAGGGUCUGAGGCAUCUAGUAGCCGGAGGGUCACCAUGAAGUUCAAUCCCUUCGUUACCUCGGACCGCAGUAAAAACCGCAAACGUCACUUCAAUGCCCCCUCACACGUGCGCAGGAAGAUCAUGUCAUCCCCGCUCUCCAAGGAGCUGCGGCAGAAGUACAAUGUCCGCUCCAUGCCCAUCCGCAAGGACGACGAGGUCCAGGUAGUUCGAGGACACUACAAAGGUCAGCAAAUUGGCAAGGUAGUCCAGGUGUACAGAAAGAAAUAUGUCAUCUACAUCGAGCGGGUGCAGCGUGAGAAGGCCAACGGCACAACCGUCCACGUGGGCAUUCACCCGAGCAAGGUGGUUAUCACCAGGCUAAAACUGGACAAGGAUCGGAAAAAAAUUCUUGAACGCAAAGCCAAGUCUCGACAAGUUGGAAAAGAGAAAGGCAAAUAUAAAGAAGAACUUAUUGAGAAAAUGCAGGAAUAAAUAGAACCUGUUGUGCAACCACGGUUUAACCGGAGAUUUCGAGGCUAGUGUGUGUUUCUUUCGAACUUUUCGGAAUGUCUCUGGAACAUUUCAUUUCCUGUUUUGUUACCUGUGGCUCUGUAAAUCUACUUUUGCAAUUUUAAUUAAUAAUUUUAUGAAUAAAAAUGGGAAAUGCUUCCUAA